UCGCGCCUAAGCAGAAUCAUUGGUCGAAAACAUCUGUCCAAUACGAAACGUUUAGAGCCGCCCAGAUGGACUGUUAGGUAUCUCAACUUUCUAAUUGUUCCUAAAUCUAUUGUCUCGUCUUCUACACAAUCCUUCUUUGAGCAAGACUUCUUUUUUUUCUAAAACAUAUUAAAAGAACUUGAGCCGCUGGUCCGCUAACUUCAUUAUUGUUCAUCGAAUCUGUGCAACAAGGGGUUUAUUGUCCUAGACGGACGUACAUAAUAGCAAUAUCUUCAACUUCAUCCAUUGUUUUAUAUUUUUUAUAAAAUCUUCAUCACACAAAUCGUUACCGCACACUCACUUCUUUUUUCCUUUUCGUUCAAUUUCCUUUCUCGACCACACCAUUUCCCUUUCACGUUCCUUCGAUCGAUCGAAUUCCAUAGAUCUGCUAGUCAGGUCCAAGUAUCAGAGACACGAAAAUUAGAUUCACAAUAACUGCAGGCAGUUUCAACAAGACACAAAUCUAGGUAUCUCCAAGGCCUUCAAGAUGUUUGGGUCCAAAUCCGGUUUCCAAGGCUCCGCCUUCGUAAUCCUUCAGGUCAUCCGUGCCUGCAACCUGGCCGUUCUACUAGCCGUCAUCUUCGUCUCCGGAAUUAUGAUGUAUUUCGCCAAGAUGCCCAACGGAUUCCAGUUUUUCAACGACAUCUCCCUGGCCUUUGUCAUCGCUGUCGCCGGUCUCCUGUUCUGGACGGAACUUCCAAUUAACAUGGGCAAGAGAAUCAUUGGACGCAACUGGCCGGUCCUCGGCGAAGAUCGCGGCUUCACUUGGCUUGGUAUCGCCAUGAUCCUCAUGGGCUGCCACCUUCUGGGCGCUCUCAGCAACGAUACUUACAACAACAAGAACGUCCCCUUCGCAGUCUGGCAAGCUAUCAUGGGAGCCGGCGUCGUCGCGAUCGCAUUCGGCGCUACUAACGUCAUUGCGUCGCUCGUCUUCAGCAACCGAGCGAGCGGCGUCCAUGCUCGCGAGAUCCGCAACAACGGCGCAACCACCCGAGACGUCAACUUCACCGAGGAGUACGAAAGCUACCGAAGCAACUCGAUCCGCAAGGAGAAGACCAAGAGCAGAUGGUUCCUCGGAAAGGGCGAUUCCAAGCCCAAGAUCAGCCACCCGAUCACCCAUGACGUCGAGUACGGACCUAGCGACGAGCUGCCGAUCACCAACGACCGCAGCAGUCCCAUAAUUCCCGAUGUCAAGCGCCCACCCACCGCGCUACAUCCCGCCUUCAACGCUGGAUCGAGAUCGAGCCGAUACAGCGAGGCCAGUCAUCUUGACCGCUUUACCGAGAAUAGGAUAUAGGUCAACUAGCACAAGGUGACCUGUCCACGUAACAUAAGCAUUAUGGCAUGGUGUUUAAGGAGGAAAGGCGUUCUGGUUCGGUGACUUCGGAUAUACCCUGAUUAUGGUUUGCGGGGCAAUACUUUGGCUUUUAUUAUAGCGUUAUUCAGCGUUCUUAUAGUGUAUAUCAUAAUCGGGAUAGCGGCAUAAUUGUUAUUAAAUACGUUCUUGAAUUCAUCUUCUUAACGUGAUGGAUAUAUG